AUGGCAAAGUCAAGUAGAUUGCAUGACAAGAGAUUCAAAAAGAAAUUUAAGGAAUGCAUCCUGCAAUUGGAAACCAUGCUCAGCACCAAUGGAAUCUAUUCCAAACAGAAAAUUCUCCUUUCCAAUCUCCUGGAAGACCUUAGAACACAGCCAAUGCUUGACUCAGAAAACUCGUCAAAUGUUGAAGUAAAAAAUAUGUGGGGACAGAAAGACCUCCAGACUGUCCUGAAGGAAAGAAAUGACAGAAUUUACAAUCUUGAGAAUGAGCUAGAGGAAAUGAGAAGCAUGAACUCCAAGCUUUCCGAAGAGAGAAAAAGAAUCAAAACGUCUGUUUUAAACAGCAAUGGGUCGGAAACCUUGGAAAAGAUUAUUGAAACGAAAAACAAAGAGCUUUUUAAGGUGAGUUCUGAACUUGAAGGAUGCAAAAGCAAAAUAAAAGACCUAGAAAAUCAGCUUCAAAUACAAAAGGAGUCCUGUAAUAUUUUAAAAGACUCCAACAAAAGGCUUUCAGAUAUUACCAAUAAGAGAAGCCCUCCUCUCAUCAAUAGAGAUUUUCUGCUAGAUAUUCAGAAAUCUAUUGAUUCUGAACAAGAGCUAAUAAAGUUCAAGACGUUGAAUGCAGAGCUUGAAAGGGAGCUAUCUGUGUUACAGGAAAAGAAUAAUGUUCUAGAGCAGAGAAUUGAGGCUCUUACACAGCUUAUCUCAGACUAUGAAAGCAAGAUAAGGAUUAGAGGAACCACAGAAAAAUUAGUAAACACAAAUGAUACUGAGAAUGCACUGAUGGAAGAGCUUGAAAACAUAACAACAGCCUAUGAUCAAAUUUUGGCUGCAAACAAGAAGCUCGAAGAAAGCCUGUCAGAAUCACUAAGAAAUGCCUCGGAGCACAGGACCGAAAACAUUAAUCUGAAAUGUAAGAUCAAGGCCUUAGAAGAUAGCAAGCAGUAUGUUGAAAGGGAGAAGAGAAGACUAGGUGAAUGGAAAGAUACUCUUCUAAAUGAAACAAGGAGCCUUGAGGAGAAGAUUACCAACUUUGAUAUUCAGUCCUGUGAAAAGGACAGGAAGAUCAAUGACUAUAAGGUUUUGCUAACAACAUUGCAGUCCAAUAUUAGAAUACUUGAAAAUGAAGUUAAUACCAUCAAUAUUGCUUACAGACAGGCACAGAGUGAACUAUUUGAGAUAAAAAGCGAUAUUAGGGCACUUCAGGUGGAGUACGGUGAUAUUAAAAGGAUAUGCGAGACUUAUAAAGGUUUAUGUACGGCAGACAUUGACAUUAUUGAGGAGGUUGAACGGUACAAGAAGGUUCUACGAUGCUCUUUGUGUGACACAAAUAUCAAGAAUAGUGUUAUUUCCAAGUGUAUGCAUACGUUUUGCGAUUCUUGUCUGAAUAGCAGGCUCAAAGCAAGACAAAGGAAGUGUCCAAGCUGUCAAAUAGAGUUUAAUUCAAAUGAUGUUAAGAAAGUAUAUUUCUAG